AUGUUUGCUCGAUUCUGCAAGGCGAUCCCCGCCAAGGGCCGGGCCUUCCCCUCUGUAAACGCCUCCAUCCAGUCUCGCUUGAUGGCCACCGUUCGUAACCAGCGUGUUCCUCACGAGCGUGCCACGUUCACAAUCCGUGAUGGUCCUAUCUUCCAUGGCAAGUCCUUUGGAGCCCGGACCAACAUUUCCGGUGAAGCCGUCUUCACCACUUCUUUGGUCGGAUACCCAGAGUCCCUGACCGAUCCCUCCUACCGUGGUCAGAUCCUGGUAUUCACUCAGCCCCUGAUUGGCAACUACGGUGUGCCUUCUGCGGAGCGGGACCAGCACGGUCUCCUCAAGUACUUCGAGUCCCCCCACCUCCAGGCUGCUGGUGUCGUGGUGGCCGAUGUGGCUGAACAGUACAGCCACUGGACCGCCGUCGAGUCCCUGGGCGAGUGGUGUGCUCGCGAGGGUGUGCCUGCCAUCUCCGGUGUCGAUACUCGGGCUAUCGUCACCUACCUGCGUGAGCAGGGUUCUUCCCUUGCUCGUAUCACUGUUGGCGAGGAGUACGAUGCCGACCAGGACGAGGCCUUUACCGAUCCUGAGCAGAUCCAUCUUGUCCGUCAGGUCAGCACCAAAGCUCCUUUCCACGUGAGCGCCGCCGAUCCUCAGUGCCACGUCGCUGUCAUCGAUUGUGGUGUCAAGGAGAACAUUCUGCGUAGCCUGGUCAGCCGUGGCGCCAGCAUUACCGUGUUCCCUUUCGACUACCCCAUCCACAAGGUUGCCCACCACUUCGAUGGUGUCUUCAUCUCCAACGGCCCCGGUGACCCCACUCACUGCCAGGACACCACCUACCACCUUCGUCGCUUGAUGGAGACCUCCCAGGUGCCCAUUUUCGGUAUCUGCUUGGGUCACCAGCUUUUGGCUCUGGCCGCUGGUGCUCGCACCAUCAAGCUCAAGUACGGUAACCGUGCUCACAACAUCCCCGCUCUGGAUAUGAGCACCGGCCGCUGCCACAUCACCAGCCAGAACCACGGUUAUGCUGUGGACGUCGACACCCUGCCCUCUGACUGGAAGCCCUACUUCGUCAACUUGAACGACUCGAGCAACGAGGGUAUGAUCCACAAGUCUCGUCCCAUUUUCAGCACACAGUUCCACCCCGAGGCCAAGGGUGGUCCUCUGGACUCCUCUUACCUCUUCGAUAUCUACAUCGACAGUGUGCGCAAGUACAAGGCCAACCAGGCUGCUUUCCACCCCCAGCGUGACAGCAUCCCCAGCCCCCUUCUGGUUGAUCUUCUGGCCAAGGAGCGGGUCGGUGUGCAGCCAACCAUUGGCAUGCAGAACGUGCAGGCAGCUGCCGCCGCCGCCGCCGUUGCCGCUGCUGCUUAA